CUCGACGGGUCGAUGCAAGCCAAACGAUGACCAGUUGUGGCCAGCAGUCCCUGAACGUGCUCGCCGUCCUCUCGUUGCUGAUUUCUGCAGCCUUGCCCGCGCAUUUCCGGGUCUGUGAGCCGUACACGGACCACAAAGGCCGCUACCACUUCGGCUUCCACUGCCCCCGGCUCUCGGACAACAAAACGUUCAUCCUUUGCUGUCACCAUAACAACACGGUUUUCAAAUACUGCUGCAACGAGACAGAGUUCCAGGCGGUGAUGCAGGCGAACCUCACGGCCGGCUCCGAGGGCUACAUGCACAACAACUACACCGCCUUGCUGGGAGUGUGGAUCUACGGCUUCUUCGUGUUGAUGCUGCUGGUCCUGGAUCUUUUGUAUUACUCGGCGAUGAACUACGACAUCUGCAAGGUUUACCUGGCGCGGUGGGGCAUCCACGGACGGUGGAUGAAACAGGACCCCCGGCGGUGGGGGAACCCUGCCCGGGCCCCCCGGCCAGGGCAGCCGGCCCUGCAGCCCCAGCCUCCCCCGGGCUCCCUGCCGCAAGCCCCCCAGGCCGUACACACGCUACAGAGAGACAGCCACAGCCCGCCGCUGAUGACCUUCCAGAGCUCGUCCGCCUGAAAACCCUUUUGCCGUGCCUCAGGAUGGGGGAGGUGAGACCCAAAGCACCUGGCUCAGCCUCCAAGAAGAACAACUUCAAGACGCCAGGGAGAGCCAAGACGGCCGUGGCGGUGGUGGAGGAGAAAAUGCUACCUGUGCCCGAACCCCCUUCCUUGGACUUCUGAGAUUAGGAGCAAACAGCGGUGGGAGGCCAGCAUGCAGGAAGGGGCUUCUGAGCCACCCAUCUGCGAGCAAUAGUCCCACUUUGGGCUGGUGGCUUCUGAGAGGUGGCACCAUUGCAGACUCAGGAUGACCGACAUGGCUGCUCAGGCCAGGUCAAGCAGAAGGAUUCAGGCCUGUGCAUCCUACCCGUGGUUCCCUUCCCCUGCUCCCUCCAGUAGUGGCCUGUGGGCCUAUCCGUGUCAGAAUUUUGAAUGUGAGUGUGCGUGAGUGUGUGUGCGUGUGUAUGAUUAGGGGUGUCUUUUUGUUCGAUCGGUUUUAUCAGGGUCCCCCAAGUUCUCUGAUGGACCUGGGUCCCCUUGUGGCGGGAGUCCCGGCCAGCUCCUGCUGGCAGCUGUGAGCCAGAUGGAGUUGGCAAGCAUCGGGUGCAGCCCCACUGGGCGUGCUGUGUGGCACAUCCUCCUGGGGUGGUUGGGAUGCAGAAAUGCCAGUGGGGAUGCGUUCAUAUGGAAGUUUUUCCCCGUCAUGACAGUGAUAAUGAGAGACACAUCUCAGGCCAUUUACGGGGCAGGCAGUAGGUUGACUAUCUUCACACACACCCACUCUCAUCACUUGGGAAGUGAGUAGGAUGAACGCCCUGCAGAAAUGGCCUGGGUCUCACAGCCAGGAGGAGACCAGUGCUCAGCUUGACCUCAGAGGUCUAAGAACCCAAAGUCAAAGCUCCCCAGCCCAGGGCCCCCAGUACAGUCCCUGGAACAUCUCCCCAGUGACUUGGUGGAUGGGCCAUUGUCCCAAGCUUUCCACCACUGCUGCCCCAGGACCCUCUUACGGCACAUUCUGUUUAAGCACCUACUGUAUACCAGGCCCCUUGCUGGGCAGCAAUCUGGAAAGGAGAUGAGUCAGAGAGGCCUCCUCCUUGCCCCCAGAAGGAAGAAACAGACACACAGAUCUUUGCUGGACAGAGUGAUGAGCACUCUGGAAACUGAGGAGGGAAAGUUCUAGAAGCCCUUCCCAUUUAAGGCAAGACUUCCAUGCAAACCUGGAUGUUCAUAUUAUCUGUCCACUGAGUUCACCAUCACCGCCAUCCACCCCACUGCCCCUGGGCGCAUGCAUAGAAGAGCAUGAUCUGGGAAAUGAUCACAUAAAUCCCUGAAGGCCACCCUGGCAGUGUAGACACCCUCAUUCCACUGGUAUUAGCGAUGCCAGAAUCUCCCCCAGCACCCAGCUGGGUGGGUCCCUGCUCCUCUGCCCAAGUACCUUUACUCAUCUAGACCCAGUGUCUCCAACGGACCCUCCAUCCAUCAGAUGUGGCAGAGAGCAGGCAGCCUCGUGGUACUGGUGCCCUAGCUGGGGGAGAGGACAGGGGAAAAAUGACCAGUGAAUAGGAAGGUAGUAAUAGCAGUGAGCCCUAAGCCAAGAAUUCAAUCAAAACGGUGUUCAUGAGGGUCCUGUUAAGUUUGACCAGUCUGGGAAGGCCUUGCUGAGCAGGUUCAGCCCAGACCUGAAUGAUAAGCAAGAGCCAGCCAUGGACAUUGAGGAUAGAAGAACUUUCCAGGCAGAGGGCACAGCUAGUGCAAAGACCCCGAGGCAGCAAUUGGCUUGAUGAUCUCAAGGAACCAAAAGAAAGUCAGGUUGGCAGGGAUGCAGAAGAAAGGUGGAAAGAGAGGCAAGUGAGAGCCCAGACACUGUGGUUCACUGAGAGACACCUGAAGCUGGGCAGAUAUAACACCCACCCUCUGAUAAAGCAGAAGGACAUUUUAAGGGCAUCAAGCAUUCCGCAUCCAGCCUGGCUCAUCAACCCCGUGGAGAAGGGAUUCCUCCCAUUCCAUGAACUAGGAUACUGAGACUCAGAUGUGUCAGGUGACUGGCCCAAGGUCACAAGGGCAAGCUGAGGAAGACCCAGACCUAUGGCUUGAGUCUGGUCUCCUCAGACAGUGCUGCCAGAGCCCAGGGAUACCAUUUGGCAUAGGCCACGCUGGAGAAUCUCUGUCUGGGGUCUUGCUUAGGGAUCGGCACUGCUUCCUUCACCCUGGAUGCUGAGUCAUCCCUGGACCUGCCCCAGAGACUUGUCCAAGCGGAGCAGCUGUUGCCACAGAGGGUUGCUCAGCAGCCAUUCGGCGCAGCUGGAUCAGCCCACACCUGCAUCCCAUGGACAGAGCCCUGGGAGUCAGAGAAACCCCAGCCUGGGGGAGAGGGUCGGGCACAGGCCCAGACUCUGACAUCAGCUCUGUAGGAAGAUCAGGGUGACCUCGGGCAAGUCCCGUGCCUUCUCUACUGUCCCUUGCCCCAUCUCUAAAAGGAAGGGGUUGGACCAGGUAUUUAAGGGGCUUGCAUCUCCAGCUUCCUGAGGUUCCAGAUGCAGCUCGUGCAGCUGUUCACACGGAGACCCUUCCUCUGCCAAGAGGGAGCUGGUGGCCCUGCCUGCCUGCCACGAACGCUGGGCCCGGGCCACAGUCACGGAGACCAGCAAGGGCUACGGUCCCCUGAUUGUGUCGCCCAGCCUGAGAACUUGCAGGACGCUGCUCCUGGCCCCACAGAGGUCUCUCCAGGAGGGACUGAUGACCCCUUGGGUGUUUACAGUUGCAGCCGGUGAGGGAUCAGAACACUCUGUUGUAAGCAGGUGGCCCCUCACCAUGCAGCUCAGCAACCAUCACAGACUUAGCAAAGCAACGGGGCAGCCUGGGAUGCAGAGGACAGAGCGUGGGGACCCACAGCCCUGCCCCUUCUCCACUGGGUGGUCUUGGGCAAGUCACUUCACCUCUUUGAGGUUCACCUGUCCAGUGUGUGGGGUGGGGGCCGUGGCUGGAGUGAUCGAGGGGUGAGGGCUGUGUGGGUGGUGUGAAUGCCCAUCUGAAAGGCAGGCAUGCGGUUCAGUCCCUCCCAGUGUCCAGAGGUCCUCAAAGCCCCCAGGAGAUGGGCCUGGCAAAAACCUGUCCCAUCCUACCAUGGCAGAUAGAUGUGCCAGUAAGUAGAAGACCCCUGAGAUGAUGCUCAGGGUAGUGACAGGUUCAAGUAGAGAUUUACAGACUUAGUGUUUUUUAGUGACUCCCAAACCUGUUUUUUCAAGCUGCCUACUUUUACUUUUUACUGUGAGCUUCUGGCUAUUACCACAUACUUUGCAAAAAUAACAACAAUAAUAAUAAUAAUAUGGAAAGAAAAGCAAAAAAGAAGAGAAAGAAGAAUGGCAAUAUAUCCACUGAGGAAUCUGUCCUUAACCCCUUGUAUUCAUAAGGACUUUUUCCCACUGGGAACUGUGUGUUAUCACGAGCAGUUUUAUGCUUUCCUUCUUGUCUGUGUUCAGUGUAAUUGUGCGUUUUGGAAUCUCUACACAGAACCAAUACCUGGUAGCAUCUGUGGGUCUCUCUGCCCUUGCCUGAACCUCAGAGAUCCCCCUGUAGCUCGAGGAGCAGCCUGCUAUACAGGAGGGCCCAGGACUGCCAGAUGCCAGCCCAACAUCUGAUGUUGACCGGGACCUAUAGGAAACAGGCCUUAACUGAAAACACAUACACACUCACACGUGCACACACACACACACAUGUGCA